AUCCGGCUAAAAUAUCCAAAGAAAUGAAUUCAAAAGAGGGAAGUAGAUGAGAGAUGUGAAAAGAGAAUAAUCGUCGAAGAUGAAACGCAGGAAGAAGGAGCGAUAAAUGAUGACGAGUGUACGAUGGAGCGGGUCGAGAGGUUCGUGAAGAAACUGAUGAAAAAGGGGCUGCGAGAGAAGGGCCAGGAAGAACGGGGAGACGCGACCAUUUCGAAACGAUUUUUCCGCCACGCCAUUUUAUUCUGCGCAUGGAAAGCAAUUUUGCCCAAUCAUAAAUAGGGCUAUUGUGGGGGGAUGGUGUAUGUUGGAGCAUUUCAUACAUCCGAGUGUAAUGGUAACCAGAUAGAGGCGUCGCGAGGCUAUCGGCCGGUUAGCACGUAAAUAUUCCGAGCUCUUUUAUCGAGGAGCCUCGAAUUUUUUCUGUAAUUUUUUCCCCUAUUUUUCUUUUUUUUUCCGCGUUAGUUUCGGAAGGACGUUUUUUUGCGCAUUCUCCCGUCGCGUCUCCUAUCAAGUCUGUGAAUCUCUCUCACUCUUUUGCUCUCGUUCGGCCUGUCGGCUCAUUCGUGGGUGAAGGGACGGAGAGAGAGAGAGAGAGAGGGGAAGUUUUCGAUUGCGUGAGUGUGUCGAGCGUGUGAUCAUGCGUGCACUCCUGUUCGUAUACAUUUUCAUACAUGGACAUUUCCAUAUGUAGUCCGACACGAAAAUACACUUAUCUGUAUACGUGUAUACGCUUAUGUGUCUGUGUGUGUUUAUGUGUGCGGGUGUGUGAUAAACUACAUAUGCAUUCACGCGAAAACGUGGAUGUGUUCGUGCACACGCGGCUGAGCAAGUGAUCUGUGUGACGUCAGUGGUCCAAUCGCUUGUCACCUGUCAAGAACCGACGAAUCUCCCUCGCACCUUAUUUUCCCACCCUAUUUUCGUCUCCCCUUCCCUAUCCUCUCUCUUUCUACCUCGCAAACGAACGUACUUGUAUUUUGUAUCGAAGCCACACGUAUUAUCCCUCAUUUAUAAUCCAAUUUUCUCUCUUUUUCUAUACUUUUUUUUUUUCAUUUAUUUUUUAAAUCAAAUUGCAAAAUAUUUUUAUCUUUUGGAGUUGAAUGGCCCUUUUAACUAGCCUCUCAUAUCUAUAGACUUUUUCCCGGUGCACUCUCCAGACCUUUGGCCAAAUCCUAUUCCCCUUCGUCUCCAUCUUCGGCGCCAAACCCCCUCCCAAUCCCUUCUUAUCGCUUCCAUUAAACAUGCUCGGUCCACUCCGCUUACAUGUCGAACAAGAAGAUUCGAUAAUUAGUUAUUCAGGAAUAUAAUAAAUACCAUCGAUAAGUUUGCAAUGCUCAAGAUACUUCGGUCGUCACUUUUUACAUUUUUUCGAAUUCUUGUUAUUCUGCGGAAAAAUCGCGCGAUCAAAGGGUGCAUUUCAAUAAGCAAUGUUGUUUUUUGCUGACCAAGCCUGCAUAUUCGUACAGGCAUCUUGUUUCAUUCCAUCGUUGUUCCUAUUUAUAGCCUUGAGAGACUUACUAGGUUCCGAAUACACUCUUUCAAUAUUCUGUUUGGAAAAAUAUGAAAUAAAAAAGAACAAAUUGUAGAACACGAUUAAUUGCUAUUUUGAGCUGAGAAAAAAAAUCGCUGAGAACUGAUAUUUUUGUGCGAAUCUCAGAAAUUGACACUAAGCAUGAAACAAAGUGUAAUUUCCAUUUUCUUCAAUCAAAUGAACACAUAGUCGAUGAAUAUAUUUCAAAAUUAAAUUAUGAAUUUAAUCCCGAAUGACGCGAACGAUUUUUCAAAUCCUUUUCAUUUGAUAAUUCCAGAUAAAGUAAGCAAAUAACUGAAAUAUCUUUUGUGUUUUUUAGUUUGGGAAUAAUCUAUCGAGCAUUGAAGCACAGCCCGAUGGGUCGCUAAAUAAAAAAGUAAUUACAGCCUGAUGAGUAGCCGAAUAAAGAAAAAGGGAGGUCGAUCGUCGAGGGAUGUUGCAAGCCUUCUUUUGUAUUCCGUGUGUGUGUGGGUCGCGCGCACGAAAAUUCGUUCUCGUGUAUAUAGAUAAUAGAAGGAUUCCCGCAGCAGCCCCGUUGUCCUGAUCCUUCCGAACUGCCGCCUACGAACCGCAGACACAAAAACAAUAACAAAUCGAUUCGAACGAGGGUUGCAACGGGAAGGGGUCAACCACGGGAGCCUAGGCAUCAGCAAUGGCUGGGUCAAGCUACCGGAGGGUUGAAGAGGCGCGGAGGGAGCUUCAGGAUCCGCUGUGGAAGGGAGGCAAAAAGGGGUUGUAGGACAAGGGAGAUAUUGUAUAAAGAGUGGAAGAGAUGGAACGAAGCUGCGUGUGUUUGUGCAGGAAAAUAUGUAUAACAACACACAGCUCGAAAGCCACACACAUAUUUAUAUCCGUUGUGAGCUCUUCCUCGAUUUUCAACCCUUUAGAUAUGUACCCCGUGCGCGUUAUGCUAAAGUAUGUACGGCGACUCCGAACGAGCAUUUCCAAUGGUCCAGAUAUACGCGAAUCACCGGGAGACCGAAGUAUUCUCAUUUUCGUCCAUUCGAAUAAACGUUAUCACGUUUUCGUGCCUCGUCACCGUCGUUUUAACCUCCCCUGCGCUACUUUUUUCACGUGGCUGAACACUACACCUCGAAUCCUUUUUUAAACUUCACCUCGCUGCGAUCUCAUCCAUGAUCCAUACUGGAAUAUCGAGUUACUCUACCGAGAUCGAAUCGUAACUUUGAAGAUCGAACGACAAUGAGAAGAUUAUGGUGAUAUCGUGAUUGUAUUCGAUAAGGAUUCAGCGAUUGAUGUAAAUCUCACAUCAUUUUCAUCUUUCUCGAUUGGUCUUGACCUGAAAUCUUUCCCUAUUUUUUUUCUGCUUUCUUUUCAACUGAUGUUUUUUACGGUUUCGAUUUUUGUACAUCUCGGAAAAGGCUCUUUCAAUCGUUUUCGCACUUUUCACAAUUUUUCAUUUUUCUCCAGUUGGUUUUUUUCGUUCAUUUUCAUUCUCGUGAGACAAACUCAAUUGCCAACACUAAUAUUUUUGUUCUUCAUUUGUGUCUCUAUAUUUAUCGACAAUUUGCUCUGUGGUGGAUUUCCAAAAAUUCUCAAUACUCCGUCACUGGAUUUCAUGUUAUAUGAAGAUAAAAAUUUUUAUUCUUCCAAGCAUUUAAUCACAUUAACGUUCACUGUGCACUUCGUCAAAGUAUUUCCUAAUUAUGAUUUAUAGAUCGAAUAAUAGGUCUUGGAAGGGAAUCGAUUUCCAACACCAUGCAAACUCGUUAAUUCCCUUUCAGUUUCACAAAAUAAUGAAUGCCUGAUACGAAAUUAAUGAAUGGAUGUGUGCCCGUCGAAAUAACAACUUAUUGUUCGUUUCACAUAUUUUUCAACUCUCGUUUCGUAGCUGUAUCUUCGUUUCCGAUUGUAUCAUUUGUGGCAACGCCAUUUUUUUUUCUAUAAAACUAUUGAUACACGCGCAACAGAGGUUUGUCUGAAAAUAAUUUUAUAGAAACUGCAGAAAAAGAAAUAAUAGUGAAAAUCUAUAAUGAAAUGAAAUUUUGUAAAAUAAUCGCGAUUCAAAAGAUGUUUGCUUUUUUCUCGACAUUCAAAGAAAAUUAUCCACUGAGCAAUGAGAAUUGUAGUUGCACAACAAUUUUAUAAAAUAUUUCCAAUGCUAUACGAAACUUUCUGAUACGAGAAAAUUUCUUUUCGCAAACGAGGCAACAUGAAUUCUUGUUCGAAAAAUGACUGGAUUACUUUGAGCUUUUGCGGAAGAAAGUUUGAAGAAACCAAAAUCUAUUUUGACUUAUAAACGAGGAAACUCAAAAUGAUACGAUUUAUGUGAAAAAAGUAUUGACACGUUGAAUGAUUUAGAUGGAAUAUGGGAUCUGGGGUCUACACGCCGCGGAUGGACUUUGGGCCGAUCCGCGGCUGGGUCGUCGUCACCAUCCGAUUUUGCCACCUGGUGCGUCGCACAUAUUGCCGAGGGUAGCAUUAGCGCUCGGUGCGUUGCAGCCUCCGUUUUAUGCAGGGACUGGUUCGACGUGCGGAGCGAUGGAGCUGACGGCGAAAACUUCCGUAGCUUCUGACGAGAGCGAAGAUCUCAGUAGUAAAUCGAGAUCUCGCGAAGAUCGCGAAGAGUCGUCGGCCACGAGACAAACCGAAGACAACGAAAGCAACAUCGAAAGGGUGGACGAAGAUGAGGAUUUUGACAACGAGAAUCAAUCACAAACAUCGGUUCCCAGUGGAUCAAUCAAUGACAACGAAGAACUCGAAGAUGACAACGAUGCGGAAAGCAAUUCUGACAACUCACACCAAUCCGCUAACAAUAAUUUUUCAGCAAAGUUCAUCCCGGAUCCCAUGUCGUGUCUUGGAUUAGAUAAGGAAGAAAACAUAACGCCGGUUCUGAAUGGCUGGGUUCUCGGAGCUUAUACAGCGAUGUUGGGAAGAUUGUCAGCAGCAGCGGCAGCCCUGGAAGCCAGUGAAGUACCAAAUAUGCCGUCCGAAAGUGAUUCCGAGAGUGACGAUUCAUCUUACACUGAAAAAUCGAGGGGGAGCAGUCCGACAGCAGAAACUCUGAAAGGCUAUUCGCAUAACGCAUACGACACCGUGGCAUCGCCGAGAGCACCUUCCAGAAAACAUUUGGAAUCUCAUCCUGGUUCCUCGAGUUCCGAGUCUUCGAGUUCUCGUAGAUGUGCAUCCUCGGGUUGUGAAUACACGAGCAACAGCAAAUGCGAGAUGGAAAGUCACGUUGCUGCUCAUGUAGCUCAGGGCAUGACCCCGACGGGCAAAAAGCGGAGUCUUGCCCUUCAGCGCGUCAGAUACGAACGAGAGGAGUACAGAUGUUCCUUAUGCUCAUACGCGUGCACGAUAGAAAAGGCAUUCCAACGUCAUCUUCGAGCGCACGCGAGAGGAGGCGCACCGGAAACGCGAGUUAGCUGCGCCGUUUGCGGAGCAGAUAGAUCCUCGGAGGUUGAUCUCAGUAGACACAUGAGACGGCAUCGCGAUGAUAGAUAUUUCUGCUGCGACAUAUGCGUCUUUCGAACGGUUCAAUUGAAAAAGCUGAUUCAACAUCGUCGCAUGCAUACCGGUGAAAAGCCACAUUUGUGUCCUCAUUGCGCAUACAGAAGCGCGCGUCGGGACAACCUCCGCAGUCACGUUCGAAGAGUUCACAAGAAAGAGAAUCUCUAUUGCGACACAUUUAGUCCACGCGGUAUGUUGAUAGAUUCAUUAACUACUGUCGAAGAAUCUUCCCCGGUAGCCGCAACACUCGUCCAAACUCCGGCCUCGUCGCCGUCCUCGACGUCCACGGGGACGGCAAACUAACGCAAGUUCAUUGUUCAAGAGACAACUCCCUUUACAACACGUCCUAAAUUUGUCAAUAAGCCGUUUUAAGUAUUAGACGAAAUGACAGAGAGGCGUUUUAUUGGAAAAAAUAAUGAAAAUUAAAGCAGAAGAAAACGCGUCGCGAAGAGGAAAAAACAAACAUAAGAGAAAUAUUCUUAGAGUCCUUCCAAUGGAUCUCGUCCCGGUUUUAUAUUUAUUCCGGGAUAGCCGUCCACGACGAAACCUCAUCGCGUCGUAAAAGUCGUAUAUUUACUAUUCUACAUUAAGACUUAAUACCAAGUGGUCUUUUUACUCUCGUUUUCAUUAUCGUUAUUCUUAGCCCGUUUAUAAAACCACGAGCGAAUUUCUGGGAUAGCCAAUUCUGAUAAAAAUUAUGAACUCGCGUGUACGUAUUUAUUCAUUUAUUCAUAUGUAUGUACACACGAUCCUCGUAUUUUGACGUAGUCUUCCACGAAAUUAGGGUGUCGUUUAGAUUAGUCAUUUGCCUAUCAUUCUUGAUGUCACCUCAAACUUGUGGUUUCACGCUCACAAAUUUCUAGAUUGAUGUUUGAAUUUCAAAGUAAAUUAUUAUACUUAAUCAUUGGUUUAGAAGCCGUGCUUCCUUAACGCAAAUCUUAUUGCAAAAUUUUCUUUAAAACGCAAGAAAUCGCUAAGCUAUUAUUUUUAUUGACCGAAAUAUUGCACAAGUUAUGACGCUCAACAAGCUGAAAAAGUGAUCGAUACCAGUAGCCAACGUUCUUUUAUAUGUGGGAAGUAUUUUGUAUUUUUUUAAUUUGAAUAAGUUUGAUGGGAAAGCCACGAAAUCACUCCUAAAUCGAUUGAAAUUUGAAAACCGCUUGCGAAUAUCGCAGACGAAAACGAGCAUCAGUUUUGUCGUUGAAUCUGACCUGGCAAAAUAAUUAUUGUUUUCAUCCACUUGUUGUGAUAGACAUUGGACGACACAGACAGUUUUGACGUGCUUUGAAUAUUGAUUUCUAUCGACUUUUCGUAUAAUAUUGCCUGAGAAAGAAUCUGCUAUUGGCGUCGAUAAGAAGAAUUUGAAAGUUUCACUAAAGUCCCUCAAUUGGCAAAUCCUAAAUAACUUUUUGUUUGAGCUAUUUUUGGAUAUUCUUGAAAAACAGAACUCGAACGUGCGUAAGUGACGUGAAACCAAAAAUGCAUGGGCUCCAUUUUUUCCUACAUUUUUGCUAAUGUAUUAUUUAAAAACUGAGAAUUAUUUUUAUUUCACGCGAGUGCAAUCUAUGAAACGGAAGAAUUACUCUUUCCGGGCGUCAAGUGCGUAACUUCGGUUUAAGAGACUGAGCAAUACAUCGAAUCUUCGCUUGAACAAAGAUCGCGGUUUGUUUUGUCAAUGUUUUUCAAUUUUUCACUAAGCUAGUGAAAGACGAUCGGCUUAUUCAAUGAGUCGAUUUCUGGAUGAAGAAUGAGCUGACAGUGAUAACAAAGAAAGUCCACGCGAGCCAACGAUGUUAUGGUGCUGAGACACGGAGACUGUUUUUUUUUUUUUUUUUUUUUUUUUAAUAGAGAAAGACUGAAAUGAUCGGUGCUUUUAAUUAAGCGAUAACGCUUUUUAUUUUGAAAGAAAAGAGAGGAAUGAAUGAAUCAUGAAGAAAAGACUGCGAUUCAGCGAACUGAGCCAGAGUCCCGUGGGCGUGUAUUUUUAUUAGAUAUUUCGUGAGGCUCAAAAACCGAUAAUUAGAUUCAACAGAAUCUCCAAUUCAAUCAAUUCGUGAUAAUAUAUUUUUAAAUCGUACGAAUUCGCUUUUUAAUCAUUGUAAAAGGAAAAUGAAGGUAAAAAGAGAAAGAAGCGAGGUGAGAAAAAUUGUAAACUCACGGCUUGAGUCUGUGCCAAGUUUUAAUCGAAAGUACACAAGUUCAAUUGUAAAUAUAAAUGUGAACUUGUCAAUCGAAAGACUGAAAUGAGAGAAGAAAUGUACGAAAUCGACGAAUUUUAAACAAUUUUAAUCAUUAAUGUUAAAUAAGAUAAUUGUACGGGGGGACUCUGGCAAUUGGGGGGGGAAAAAACGAACACAAGGAAUUUCAAAAAUAAAAUACGGUGCUAUUUUGCAAUUUCAUUAAUUCUUAAUUAGACUUAUUACCGUUGUUAAAUAUUGACUUUCCCGUGACGAUCAACGUUGCACUAAUUUUUUUAUUUCUCAUGUCGAAAAUAACGAAAUGUAGAUAUCGAUUGAUGUUUUAAUGACUAUUUCCGCCCAUAGUGAUUUUAUAAUACUACAGAUAGAUCGCGCCGCUUUCGUUUUCAAAACGCGGUUCAAUUAAUCCCUUUUAUCGUCGUCCGGUGGUGAUAGCUAAAAAAAAUAAGACGAGAGAAAAAAGAUAAAAAAAAAAAAACAAGGAAUACUCAACUCAACAAGUAUACAUAAAUGUGUGUCAAUUUUUAAUGUAUCAGGAUGUAUUAUUAUAAUCUAUUAAUGGAGCACAGAAUAGUUCCAUCUCGCAUUGAGAAUAAUGUUGUGAAAAUUGUAACUCUUCCGAACGGUUGAUUCAUUGGCAUUUUGAAAGUACUCGGAUAGUUAUUUGAGAAUAUACACAAUUUUCAGCUCAAGUACUGUGUGCUCUAUGUUUAAAUCGUUCAAACGUAAGUUGGUUUUAAUGUGCCACUAAUUUGUUAACUUUUUUGCGUACAGUAGUAUAAAAAAAUUGGGAAAUUUUCAAAUAUACCGAAAGGAUAUUUUGUGUAGGUUGCUUGCUGUCUUAUAAUUUUUCAUAAAUUCUAUGAUCAAUCAAUCAAGAGAUUCCACAAUUCGUGAAUAAACUAAAAGUUUGCGUUAAUAUUUUUUCUCAACAAUUCUGAAACGAUUCAUAUAUUUGUUCUGCAAAACCUGUGAUAUGCUCGCCAGUAUGCUACAAUUUCCCACUGAAUUCUUUGUCAACCCAGGAAAAUUUAUAAAAAUUUGUCAUUUCCGAAAUCAUUUCACUAAAGUCAAAUGAAUUUUUCGUUUUCUUACAUAACAUGCAAAACAUUUGAAUUUAUCAAUUAUCCAAAUAAGAAUAUUUUCAUUAUUGACUCAUUGUCAAAUGCUUAGAAUGAAGUAUUCGAAUGUAUCAUAAUCCGAGCUUAUUAAUUUUCCUACAUUUUCUCAGUGCGAUAUUGUUUUAUUGAGAAGACGAUGGAGUCUCAUCGGAGUGUGCUCCAAUGAAGAGAAGAGUGAAAAACAACGAUCUAUCGAGUUUUCUUAUAAUUACAUUCAAUAAUGAUCGGUAUUAUAACAAUGUUGUUAUUAUUAAUAGGAUAAUUUUGUUUCCUCGCUGAAACGCCUAUUUAUCUAUAUGUAUAUGUAUAGUAUAUAUACUUUCUUGCUUUUUGAUAUACAUUGGUAUUCCGAAUGAAUAUUUUAUAUUUACGAAGCGUUUUAUUCGUGCAAGAAUUUCGUGGUGAUUUUUAUAAAAGAAAAAAGAAAAAAACACAAUGAACAAGAAUAAGAAGGUACAUUAUUUAUAACACGCGAGCGCCUCGUGUGUCUACUCUGGCUGUCGAGAUUAAGAUAAAAACGUAAAAAUAAAUAAAAGGAUGAACAUUUUUUUUGCGUAUUUGUGAUAUAUAUAAGAAAAGUAACGAAACGACGCUUCCGGUAUACGAAACAUUUUCACGCGUCGAUUUAAAGCGAUGAAAUAAUCACGAAACGGCGGAUAGAGCCGUGAGUGCUCGCGUGUCAUGCUUCCUUCGAGAAGUCCAAGAAAUAGAAACGAAAAAAUUGAAUAAGAAUGAAAACAUGAAAGCAUUAUAUUGUUAACGAUAAAGUCUUUUAACUGUUGAAUUUUUGCUGUAGUUCGUAAGUGUCCUGAACGUAUACAUUUAAAUACAUUGGAAAAAAGCACCUAAACACGAUAAAUAUAAAGUAUAUAAAUAUAUAUAUAUAUUCUAUAUUAAUGUUUCUUGAAUAUAAUUAUUAAGCGAACAAGCAAGGAGGGUCUCGAGUGUUCGUCGCGAUCUUUUUAAAUAAUAUAUAAGUCGUGGUGGAUUCACUAGUGCCAAUUCUCUAUAUUAUAUUCUUCGUCGAAUUCGCGACACUCUCGGGACCACGAAUUUUUUCGAGAAUCUCGUACCCACUGUCCCAAAAGCGAUUACGAUCAAUGAAUUCCAUUUCAUCAUCGAAUUCGAGUCAUUUGAAAAGAAAUAGCAAAACAUUUCGAGAGACUUUUCAUUAACAAUGGCACCGUGCAGUAUUUCAUUAUGGAGCACUUUUUUUUUUUCUUUUUAAAAACAUAUGAUUUGAACAAAAAGAAAAAAAUUUCAUUCUUUCAUGAACUUUUUCACUUUUUUUCAGUGAUUCACUGAAACCGUUUCUUCCUCAAUGAGAUAAUAAUGAGUUUUUUGUCUGAAAAAUAAAAUAUAAUUUCGAAUUUACCGGAGGCAAGAAAAUCGCAGCGACUCACUCAAUCAUUUUUUUUUGUGGUCUGUGAAGUGCGAGAUUUUCGAAUGGAAUUCUGAAACGCGAGCGUCUUAAGAAUUAAUACAAUCUAAAUGUGAUAAUAUAUUUGCUAUUAUAAAAUAAUAUUAAAAGCUAACAACGAUCUUUGAACGCGAUCGUUACUCACUAAGAAUACUGAAAAGUAAAACGAAAAAAAAACAUUUAAUAUUAAUAAUAAUAAUAUAAAUAACACUAAAGUGGACAAAAACCGAGCAAUUCUAGAACAUCCGUGUCUAAUUACGAUUCGAAUGAUAAUCAGCGACGAUUUACGAGAAUCUUGGAUAUUUCAUUGGACGGCGAUUGUGUGCUUCCCGUUUUAUUUAUCGACGAAUUUUUUUCGUCCGGUUGUUCAUAUUUCGUUCGAGUUAACAACAAAGUGCUUGAACAAAAAAAACACAGCAAGCGCAUAAACAAGUACAAAAGAACGACUCCGGAAUAUUUGUCAAAUUAGUGAAAUAAAGAACACCUUAUUUCCACACUCGAUUACAUCGUUCUCAUUGAUUUUCGAAGUUCUUCAGGGUCGUGUCGUCCCAUAUUUUCUUCGAUACUCGUCGCCCAUAGUCAAAUCUAAAGGGAAGUUAUUUCAAAUCGAUUUGUGCUUCGAUGAAUCGUGACGAUUGUGGUUUGCACAUACUAUGUAUAUUAUAUUUCACAUAAUGAAUAUAUAUUAUUAUUAUUAUUAUUAUUAUUCAAUUAUUUACAUCUAAGGGUAGAAAUACGCGUGCGUGUGAAUGUGCCAGAUUAUUUAUUUAACUCGUAACAACUCUUUUUCUCUCUUACAACGAAACCCUUGAAAUAAAUCUAAAGACUCGCUAUUACAGUGAAUCCCAGUGUCUAACGCUCACGAACUCGCUUUCAAUACAAAUUGUUACUCCAUUUAUCGAAUAGAUAGCAACGAAAUAUGUCUGUUUACUUGGAAGCGAGACGAGGCUGAUGUUUUAUUCCAAUUGCAAUGGCUAUACACUUUUGGAGCAGAAAAAACAAACGACUUUGUUGCUUUUUCGAUUAAUAUUAUUCCUCUCGAAACUCUGAUCGUUAUUGUUUCGAAUUUAAAUCGCUUUGAGCACUUCUUCAUCUGGAAUGAAUCGUUCAAAAAAAUUUCCGAGAAUUUUCAUCGAUCAAACGGACUAAUAAUUGAAAAUGAACUCUGACAGCAAUCGGCGACGUUAUUUUAACUCGAUACAUUUUUUAUCGCCUUAUUUUGAAGCAAUGCAAUUAGUCGAAUCGACAAACCCAUCAUUUUUGCCGAGUCUCGUUAUUAUUAUCAAAAUCUUGAUUCACACUGUACCGAAUGAUUUGAAUUGAAAACGAAAUUGGAAAAACUAGAGGGUGGUAUACUGACAGUUCCACGAUAAAAAUUGGCAACAGUCAUCGUGGUUUAACUCUUUCAUGAACAAUUUUGUAUACUUAAUCGCAACGAUUGUGUUCUUGUUGAAAGAAACGAUUGACUUGAGCACUCGAAAAUUCGGCGUUGUGCAUAUUUACAUACAUUAUAAAUAUAUAUAUAAAAUAUAUAUAUUCUUCACAGGGAAAGAAAACAUGCAUUGAACCCUCGUUUGUAAAAACCAAAGUCACUAUUUGACUCUGGUUAGGGCGAUUAAGUAAUAAAAAUUACAUUGAAAUAAAAACAAACUUCAUUCUU